UUUUCGCGCUGUUUUCUACCUAACCUAUUCACCAAUCCACACAAACUUUGCAGCGUUUGGAGGGAACCACAACUGCUAUGUGAUAAACUGCAAAACCAAAAUUCCAGCCGAUCUAAGCAAAAAUGAGCACAAAAAACGUUCCCGCACGCCAGCCACUACAUGUAAACAACACCAACAUGGAUCGUUCGCCAGCCAGAAAACGCGCACGAUUCGAUUCGCCAAAAGAACGCUGGAGUCUCAACAAUUCAGUCAAAUUAGACGAUGUGUACGAUUUCGGCGUGAGUGUACUCGAAGACGACUCAGAUUCACUGAGUGAGGUUGAGAAUGUUGAGAAUACCGAAGAACAGUUUGAGAAAAACAAUUCAUCGCCACAUGCACUUGGAGGCAACACUCCCAAUCGAGACACAUGCCAAAUAUCCAUUGAAGAAUGGGGUGGAUUCCUCGUCAAGAAAGCUGAGAUACAACCACCUGCAAUAGAUUAUUUCAAUAUGUUAUCUGAUGAAGUUAUUCUGCACAUUUUUCACUUUCUGCCGAUGAGACAUCUGUUGAGUACUUCAUUAGUGUGUACAAGGUUUGAGCGAUUGACAAAAGAUGAAAGUCUUUGGGCUCGUAUAGAUGCUUCAGGUCGAUUGUUAGCAGAAGGAGUUUUAGGGGCGUUUUUGAGCAGACAAGUCAUCAUUUUACGACUUGCACAAUGCGAGAUUCAAGGCCCGAUUAUAUUUCCACAUGCACGUGCGGCGAAUGAGAAUUUUCAGGCGAGAUUGAUGUAUUUAGAUGCGGGAAUGGUGCAUGCGGAACCAGAAACAUUCGUUGUGAUGUUUUCAAAAUGUCGGCGAUUGAAAAAAGUCAAUUUGGAGCGUGUUACACUCAAUGCAGAAGUGUUUAAGAUGUUAGCGAGGAGCACAGAGUUGGAAGUUUUGAAUUUAGCUAUGGCUGAGGGUAUAGAUGUCGAGGGUUUAACUGCAUUGUUAACAAAAUGUCGCAAGUUAAGAGAGUUAAAUAUUGCAUGGACUUAUCUGGAUGCGCAAAGUAUUAAAUAUUUAUGUGCGAAUCUUCCGCCUACAGUCGACAGACUCAAUAUUUCUGGUUGUAGGAAGUUACUUGGUGAUUUAAAUGUUGCAGAUUUAGUCAAAUCCUGUCCGAAUCUACGUGAAUUGGAUCUUUCUGACUGCACAGGAUUGUCUGGUUUUGCUAUUCAACACAUAAUUAAGCUCACAGAGUUGAAUUUCUUAGCGUUAUCGCGUUGUUACCUUAUACCUUAUCGCGCGUUGUUGUCGCUGAAGAAAAGUGAAUCAUUGCUGUUUCUAGACGUGCACGGGGGUUAUAUAGAACUAGCUGAACUACGAAAAUUACAGGAGGUUCUCGGUGGUAAUGUGCAAGUCAACAAGUUUAAAUUUAGUUCGGUUGCGAGGCCCACAGUCGGUGCACGGCGCUCAUCUAUCUGGAAUCUUCGCGUUCGCGACUGUUACGUCUAAUGUUUCUAUUUGCUAAUGUUUCUACGUGUGUGCGUUGUGAUAAAACAUUUCAUUUUAUAAAAGAAUGUAUUAAUCCUCAUUUAUUAAACUUUAAAUAUUUAAAUUAA